AUGGAGGGUACAAAUCAGACUGGGAUGAUUCACUUCCACUUCCGCCCCUUCUCCAAACUCCCCGAGGUGCAGAUGCUGAUUUUCGUGGCCUUCCUCGUCAUGUACCUGGUCAGCAUCAGCGGCAACGGCUCCAUUUCUCUCAUCAUCUGGAGCAACCAUUCUUUGCACACCCCCAUGUACUUCUUCCUGGCCAGCUUGGCAGCUCUGGAGAUCUGCUACUCUUCCACCAUUGCCCCUCUGACUCUGGCCAGCGUCCUGUCCGCAGAGAGAGCCCUCAUCUCCCUGCCUGGCUGUGGUGCCCAGAUGUUCUUCUUCAUCUUCCUGGGCAGCGCUGACUGCAUUCUACUAGCUGUCAUGGCCUAUGACAGGUUUGUGGCCAUCUGCCACCCUUUGCGUUACACCCUCAUGAUGAGCUGGAGGUUGUGCGUCCAGCUGGCCCUGGGGUCUCUGGUGCUGGGGUUCAUCUUGGCCAUGCAGCUGACUGUGCUCAUCUUCCGCCUCCCCUUCUGCCGCAGCCAAGAAAUCAGCCUGUUCUACUGCGAUGUCCUCCCUGUCAUGAGACUGGCCUGUGCAGAUACGUGGGUCCAUGAGGCCACACUGUUGGUGGUCAGCCUCACCGUCCUCACCAUCCCCUUCCUGCUUAUCGCCCUCUCCUACGUUUUCAUCAUGGCCGCCAUCCUGAAGAUCCGCUCGGCAGAGGGGAGGCACAAGGCCUUCUCCACCUGCUCCUCCCACCUGACUGUGGUCCUGCUCCAGUAUGGAUGUGGAAGCCUCAUCUACUUGUGCCCCAGCUCCAGGUACUCUCCAGAGAGAGGCCAGGUAGUGUCUGUGGUUUACACCUUCAUCACCCCUGUGCUGAACCCCUUGAUCUACAGCAUGAGAAACAGAGAGCUUACGGAUGCUUUGAAGAGAACAAUGAUGAGGUUCCUGUUGUCCUGAACACGGUGAACGCUCUGGAUGUUCCUCUACAACACUACUGGGAAGACACAAACGAGUAUGCCUUCUGA